UCUAUUCCCUGUGUACCUAUAAAGCCCACAAUUUCCCUCACAUUUUUUCCUCAACGAACUCUUAACCGAUUUCAUUUCUUCUCUUAAACCAAAAGAAAUCACUCUGGUCUCUAUCUUGUAUUACUUUGAUCGCCUCUUCUCAAUAUGGGCAACUAUAUUUCAUGCACUUUAGCAACGCCUUUGAUCAAGAGCUCCAAGGCUGCAAGGGUUGUUUUCCCAGCAGGUGAAGUUAGGCAGUUCAGGGAGCCCGUGAAAGCAGCAGAGCUCAUGUUAGAGUGCCCAAACUUCUUCCUAGCAAACUCACAAUCUCUUCACAUUGGCAGGAGGUUCUCUGCCCUUAGCGCUGAUGAGGAGCUGGAAUUUGGCAACGUUUACCUUAUGUUUCCAAUGAAAAGAGUUUUUUCUACUGUCACCGCUGCUGACAUGGCUGUUUUCUUCAUGACUGCAAAUUCUGCUGCUAGGAGAAUAUCUGGAGGAAAUAAUAUAACUAGGGUCUUGCCGGAAUCCGGUGGUGAUCAGAACGCUCGAGAAAGCCCAAAGGGAAGUGAAAAUGGAGCAGCAAGAUUGAGUCUGGAAGAAGUUGAGGGGUUUCCGUUGCCAGAAUACAAGUAUAGGCUAUCUAGUUGUAGAUCAAGGAAGCCUAUGUUAGAAACUAUAAAUGAAGAACCUGUUCGUUCAAGAUGAAUAGUAGCUAAAUAAAUUAAUUUUUUUAGUUUGAUAA